AUGAUGACAACUAGAAUCAUUGAAAGUACAAUAGCAACUGUAUUUAAUCAAACAUCAAAUACUGUUUGUAGCGGUUGGUUUGAUAUCGAUGGAACCUGGAAUAAUGGUUUUCCAUGUCCAACUGAAAAUUUUAUUCAAUAUUUUUGUUGUGGUACAGAUACUUAUCGUUAUUGUUGUUCACCUGAUCGUUAUUUAUUUGAAACAAAGUUUGAUACGGAUGUUAAGUAUUCUCCAAUUUAUCAUAAUAUUUUAACUAGUGAAAUAAGUUUAGCAUUACUUAACAAUCGACAAUUAAUAAAUAAACAAUUUGAACAAUUUCAAAGAUAUUUUUUUCCUGUUUUUUUACUUUCAUCAACAGUUCUUUUUCUUAUUGGUAUUGCUCUAUGGUUUUGGUUAUACAAACAUAAAGCAUUCUAUUCAUUAGAUCAAGAUGAUCUCAUUGAAUUACGAACAAUACAACAAAAUUCAAGGCAUUCAAUAUCAACAAUAAAAGAUACUGAUAACCAUACUAUACAACAAAAAUCUCAAUCAUUAUUAUAUCCAAUAACUGAAGUGUAA